AUGUCCAAAGUUGCUGCAGUAGAAGUGUCUAAUGACAAGAGCUUGGAAAACACUAUUGAUGAGACUGUCGAAUUCACAAAGCUCAUCAAAAGCCUGAAAGCAAAGAUCAUUGACAUGAAGAAUCAAUUGAAACCUCUCAAGCAAAAGAUUGAUGACAAUCAAGUGCAUACAUCUAAAGGUGUGUCGUUCCUUGAAGUCAAAUAUCAAGUGAUGCUGCAAUAUAUCCUUCAACUCGCCUACUUUGUCCACCUCAAGAUCUCUGGAAAGCAAUUAGAAAACAACCCUGUUGUAGAAUCGCUUGUUGAACUUCGUGUGAUUCUCGAUAAAAUGAAGCCAAUUGAAGCCAAACUCAAAUAUCAAAUCGACAAAUUAGUCAGAGCUGCAGUAGUCGAAAACACACAAAAGAAUGAAGAAAAGAAGGCUGAUGUCUCAACAUCAGAAGCUGUUGCUGCAGACCCUCUUGCUUUUAAACCUAAUCCCAUGAACUUGCUCAGCAAAGACAACGAUGACGAAGAGGAGGAUGUGGAUGAUGAUGAUACCAAUGCCGCUGGUGUGUACAGACCACCCAAGUUGGCACCUGUCAAUUACGAUGAAAACGUAGGCAGAAAGAGUGGAAAGAAGGAGCGUGAUGAGGCUCGUAUGAAGGAGAAGGCAUCCAGAUCCCGUUUGAUGAAGGAUCUCAUGGCUGAAAUGUCUGAGAAUCCAGAAGAAAUUGGUGUCUUUGGUGGUGUGAAUGAGGGUACCGGUUAUGGUGAUCGUAUCGACAAUGUCAUUGCCGAGAAGGAUCGUUAUGAAGAAGACAACUAUGUCCGUCUUGCAGUGACCCGUAAGGAAAAACAGAGAUUGAACAAAAACAAGAAGAUGCGCUUUGAAAGCGAAUUCGAUAACUUGAACGAUUUCUCCAAUUUGGCUGGACUGGAAGAUGUGGAAGAACAAGAAAAUCAACGUUAUCGCAAUGUGCUCAAUCGCAAAAAGCAAGAUGUUGAUGUGUUGGAAGCUGGACAAAAGCGUGCUAGAGGCGAUGACGACAAUGAAGACAGCUUUAACGGCUUGUUUGAUGGAGAACGCAGAGGAAAGAAUAAAUUCUCAUCAGCAAGAAACAAAAAGAAGGGCGGUCGUCCCAAGGCCAAGAAGAGAAGAGCAUAG